UAUAUUCCAAUUCAAAAUCCCUUCGUUACAAUCUUCCGGAAUACUUUAUCUUAGCCCCCGCUUUGCUACCUCCUUUUUGGGAAUUUAUAUAUAAUAGCGUCAACAAAAGUCUAUACUUUAGUCGGCAUGCGUUCCAUCAUCUUCCUGUCUCUCAGCGCUCUCGCGGCCAUCGCAGUUGCAGCUACCAAGGAGAAUCCUUUCAACAUCCCUGCCAACGGUUACGAGUUCACUGCUGGUGAGCCCACUACUUUGACCUGGGACCCUACCACCAGUGGAACUGUCACUCUCAAGCUUCAAUGGGGCGACGUUUUCACUCCUGACUCUGGUUCAACCAUUGUCUCAAGCAUUCCCAAUUCCGGAAGCUACACCUGGAAUGUUCCUUCUAACAUCGCUUCUCAGCCCGAUUACACCGUUGAGAUCGUUUCCGAUGAGGAUACCUCCGAAACCAACUACUUGGGCCGUUUCACGAUUGCAGGAGCUACAGGUGUCGCGUCGAGCACGGCUACUGCCACUGCCACUAAGACCGCCUCUACCACUAAGACCUCUACUACUACUACUAGCGGAACUCCUACCAUCACCACUGUGACGUCGACCACUGCUUCCCCCUCCAGCAGCUCUUCGACCACCAGCAGCUCGUCUACAACUGAAACUUCGACUACUACCACCCGGGCUUCUCGCACGAGCGCCACUACCUCGCCUACUUCGGUCCCCAACGCCAAUGGCGGUGUCAUGAACCGGAUCUCCGGUGGCAUGAUGGCGCUCGUCAUGGGUGUGAUUGCAUUCAUGUAAGCAGCAUACGUUGCGAGCAUUCUGGCGGCGAGUCACAUCACUGCGAUCGGGCUCGAUACAUUCGAAUAUAUAGCUUUUGGCGUGUCCAUUUCCUUUUUCCUUUGCACUUGCUUAGGCUCGAAUAUGGUUGGAUUACCGUUCUUGGGUAUCUACAGUUUGUUCCUGGCCUGGGGAUGGAAAAAGGUGUAACAUCCUUUUUUCGUGUCCAAUUCUCUCUAUUCCUUUUGGGCGAUGCUUGGGGAUCCACAUGAUCGCCUAACCUAAUGGUCAUUAUUCGUUGUUGGGACCAAGGACUCUCGUCUGUUCGGGCACACUUUUUGUAUGGUAUGUAG